UUUACUGAGUGUCCAGGAAUCCCGCGCGCUUCUGUGACGCGCACCAGUGUUCAGAGCAGACUCGAGCUCCACUCAUUGAUCACGUCACUGCCCACGAGCGACGCUGCUGUCAGUGCUGUGAGGAUUUGUGUGGCUUUGAGCGCUUCCUUUUUCCUUUUUUUUCACGGAUACACAGAGAGAGAGUUUUAACCAACAGGUUCUUCGCGCUCUGUAGUUCAUUUCACUAUAGAAGCGGAUUUGGCGCAACACUGUAUUUUCUCCCCUCACAGUAGGCUAAAGUUACUAAAAGUGCAGUUCUGGCAGCUUUCAUUCGGUUCGGCUCGGUUUUAUUCGGCUUGGAAAGGAUGAUGAUGGGGACUUUACGCGACCUCCAGUACGCGCUUCAGGAGAAAAUCGAAGAACUCAGGCAGAGAGACGCGCUCAUUGACGAACUGGAGCUCGAACUGGACCAGAAGGAUGAACUCAUUCAGAAGCUGCAGAACGAGCUGGACAAGUACCGAUCCGUGAUCCGUCCGGCGACCCAACAGGUCCAGACGCGCUCGGAGCUGCCGGAGCAUCAGCGCACCAAACGGCAGGCGAUCAGCGCCGAACCCGCAAACAUCCAGCAGCUGAGUCACGUGACGCUGCCCAACGUCCCCAAAAGCGCCAAGUCAAAGGAUCUGAUCAAGUCAGCUAUCCUGGACAAUGACUUCAUGAAGAAUCUGGAAAUGUCUCAAAUCCAGGAGAUCGUGGACUGUAUGUAUCCAGUGGACUAUGACAAAAACAGCUGUAUUAUUAAAGAAGGCGAUGUGGGCUCCCUCGUCUACGUCAUGGAAGAUGGUAAGGUUGAAGUGACUAAAGAAGGACUGAAGCUGUGCACCAUGGGACCAGGAAAAGUGUUUGGAGAGCUUGCCAUCCUUUAUAACUGCACCAGAACGGCCACUGUGAGAACGGUGUCCAGUGUGAAGUUAUGGGCCAUCGACAGACAGUGUUUCCAGACCAUCAUGAUGAGGACGGGCCUAAUCAAACAUGCAGAGUACAUGGAGUUAUUGAAGAGUGUGCUGACGUUCCGGGGUCUUCCAGAGGAAAUAUUGAGCAAACUGGCUGAUGUCCUGGAGGAGACCCACUAUGAGGACGGCAACUACAUCAUUCGCCAGGGGGCAAGAGGAGACACUUUCUUCAUUAUCAGCAAAGGAAAGGUGACGAUGACGAGAGAGGACUGUCCCGGUCAGGAGCCUGUUUACCUGCGGUCAAUGGGGAGAGGAGAUUCAUUUGGGGAAAAAGCUUUGCAAGGGGAGGACAUCAGAACGGCAAACGUCAUCGCAGCAGAGACCGUCACCUGUCUUGUGAUAGACAGAGACUCUUACAAACAUCUGAUCGGAGGUCUGGAAGAUGUUUCCAACAAAGGCUGUGAAGAUGCUGAAGCAAAAGCAAAAUACGAGGCAGAAAAUGCCUUUUUCUCCAAUCUGAACCUGUCUGACUUUAACAUCAUCGACACUCUUGGAGUUGGAGGAUUUGGACGUGUGGAACUGGUUCAGCUGAAGAGUGAUGAAAUGAAGACGUUUGCGAUGAAGAUCCUGAAGAAGCGUCACAUUGUGGACACGAGACAGCAGGAGCACAUCCGCUCCGAGAAGCUCAUCAUGCAGGAGGCACAUUCAGAUUUUAUAGUCAGACUCUACCGCACAUUUAAGGACAGUAAAUACCUCUAUAUGCUGAUGGAGGCCUGUUUAGGUGGAGAACUAUGGACAAUCCUGAGAGACCGGGGAAACUUUGACGAUUCAACAACGCGAUUUUACACAGCGUGUGUGGUGGAGGCCUUCGCUUAUCUACAUUCCAAAGGCAUCAUAUACAGAGACCUCAAACCAGAGAACCUGAUACUGGACCACAGAGGAUACGCCAAGCUGGUGGAUUUUGGCUUUGCUAAAAAGAUCGGCUUUGGGAAGAAGACAUGGACAUUCUGUGGUACUCCAGAGUAUGUGGCUCCAGAGAUCAUCCUGAAUAAAGGACACGACAUCUCUGCGGAUUACUGGUCUCUCGGUAUCCUCAUGUAUGAGCUGUUGACCGGCAGUCCUCCUUUUUCAGGACCAGAUCCAAUGAAAACAUACAACAUCAUCCUUAGAGGCAUCGAUAUGAUUGAAUUCCCCAAGAAAAUAACCAAAAAUGCUGCCAAUCUCAUCAAAAAGCUAUGCAGAGACACUCCUUCUGAAAGAUUAGGAAACUUGAAAAACGGUGUCAAAGACAUCCAAAAGCACAAAUGGUUUGAAGGGUUUAACUGGGACGGACUGAGGAAGGGGACGCUGAUGCCCCCCAUCAUCCCUAAUGUAACCUCAUCCACAGACACCAGUAACUUCGACAGCUUUCCAGAGGACAACGAAGACCCACCGCCUGAUGAUAACUCAGGCUGGGAUAUAGACUUCUAAAAACUCAUGUGCACAAACACACAACGCUGCUCACGCCAGACUGGAUAAACCAACAUGCUGCACUACUGUAUGGACUGCAGGAGAAAUGUGGAAAAAGCAAAAGGUUUGAGUCUAUCGUGACUGUGAAGGAGAUCCAGACACACGAAAAACUAUCAAGUGAGCAUGUAUGUGUGUGUGUUCACAUCUGACCUAUAAUAACCACCUUUACUGUGAGAUAACAGAGACGACAGUCCAAUUACGGAAAAGGAUGUGACCUCAAUGACUUGUUCUUCUCCCUGAUUGGCUGCGAACUCUUCAUUCACCAAUCCGUGUGCAGACUACUCUAAAGAAGACCAGGAGGCCAGACAGACCUGAAUGUCGCUCUUCACGUAAUACGGUUGUGGUCAAAAUUAGUGGCACUCUUGGAAAAUAUGAGCAAAACUACCUGCAUUUUUAAACUCUUUUUAGUAACAGAAAUAGGUCCUUGAGCUAAAACCAAUCAAUCAAAAUCUGUGCAACAAAUCAUUAGGAAAUACAUGUGUUUGGUAACACUUUACAAUAGUUUAAACAAUAGACACAUAGUUCAUUUAUUUACUAACAUGAACCAAUAAUGACCAAUACAUUUAUAACAGUCUUUAUUCAUCUCUGUUACGGUUAGUUUAUGAAAAUAGAGUUGACAUGUUAAGUGUUGGAUUUUAAUAAUGCAUUAGUAAAUAUUUAGCUCUGAUUAAUAAAUGCUGUGCAAGUAUUGUUCAUUAUGAGUUCAUGAUUCUAACAUUAACUAUAUGUCCCAUAUUGUAAGGUGUGACCAUGUUUUUCUCCAAUACACAGUGAAAAAAUU